AAACGUUCGUCUUCGCCGUCUUCGCCGUCAUUGACACGUAGCAAUGUCUGAAUCGGCUCGCAAAAAGCAGCGCACCACCUCACAUAACUCGGAAGCGCCUGGCGAUGCAGAGGAAGGGACCCCAAAUUCAAAUCUACGCCAGUUAGCAGGUGUAAUCCCGAAACCAAUAACUCCUUUCCGCAGAGCAUCCAGUGCAGGUCCAACGUCAGGAAGUCGGCGAACCCCAAACAUUGCAAUUCGAACCCCAGGGACUGCUGCACGAACACCACGAGGAGGGCCGACAACGCGCCCGAUUACCGCCCGACGAGCUGCACCCACUACGCCUCAUGCUAUUCUAGCUCUUAGAGAACGCGCUGCUAGGACGCCGGGUCACAAUCGAAGAAGGAGCGGAAGAAUACAAAGAGAGACUCCGAGAGAUACACUGCGCAAUCUGAGUAGAGUCCUUGCCCGCACCACCCAGGCAGUCCAGCCGUCUGAGAUCCCAGAACCCCCACCACGGAACCCCGCUCUUGACCUCCCAGACAUCGAAGAUGGCCCUGACCUCAUUGCCCCUCGUCUUUCAAUGCCUCUUGGAGAUAUGUACGAUGAUGACAGCUUCCACGAAGCUCCACCAAGACAAUCGCUCCUUCCUGAACUUCCAGACGACGUGGACACGGGAACGAUGCAUUCCCUCGAGUUCGGAAGGCGGGCUCUUAGUGAGGACCCCCGGAUAAUGUUUACAACGAGAGUCAGUGAGCGCUUUGCCGACUUGAACGAGCUGGGUGUUGAUGGCGAUGAGUUUGAAGUUGACGGAACAUUCAUCAAUAGGAGACCUACUGCAGACCAGGAUCAACUCCUUGAUGAAGCUAUUGACGAAGUCUUGGACGAUACCACUACGGAGAUACGGGCACUGACAGGCCGACGAGAUGGACGGCCUAGUGAUAUUAACCUUGGUGUAUUCGGUGAUAUGGAUGAGCCAGACGAGCCAACGUUUCGAUUCACCAUACCCCCGCGCAUCCAAGUUCCACUACAAGAAGAAGCACCACAAGACCUCGAUGGCUAUGAAGAUGCUGGCAUGUACGCGGGUUUGGGGGUGCAACCUGAUAUCAUAGCAUCUGACGACGAAGACGAUGCCGUUGGGGGCGGAGAAAUGCUAGGCUGGGAAUCAGACGAUAACGAAGGCGAGGACCAAGAUCUCCAAGCUUAUCGCGGGGAAGCUUCAGCAGUGGACCGUAGCUUGCUCCCACAAUCACCCGAGCCGCGUACUGGAAAUAAAGGCGGAGCUCGCACGCAACGAAAGGAAACGAAAAUCUCUCCACUUGGCAACGAAUACCGUUCACUUCCUGCAUCCAUAGUUAAGCGCCUUGCAACCAGCUUCGCGAAAGCUCAGGGCAGUAAGGCAAAGAUUGACCAAGACACCCUUGCCGUCAUUAUGUCGACAACAGAUUGGUUCUUUGAGAAGCUGGGAGAGGAUCUGGUAGCAUAUUCGCAGCAUGCGAAACGGAAGGUGAUUGAGCAGAGGGACGUGAUUGCGCUGAUGAAGAGGCAACGUCAAAUCACGGCCACUAACACGUGCUUUUCUCUCGCGCAGAAGAUGCUUCCAAGGGAGCUAUUGCAAGAACUUCGAAUGGAGCCUCUGCCGAAGCUGAAGGGGGGAAGACAGAAGAGGAAGCGCAUGGAGACAAUCGAGGAAGAAGAUAGGGAGUGA